AUGCGAAGCGGUAGCGAGUCUGCGCCUAUUCCUAACGAUGCGGAUUCGACCUUUGCGAAUGCGCGAGAGUUAUGGCAGUCUGCACGGUGCGCCGAGGUCAAUCAGUUGAGCCCGUCUACCACACCUAAGAAAGUGAUUAUAGUGGAUGACAUUGAUACCCCCGUAUGCAUACUAGAACAUGAACCAGAAGCAGAAUCACCGCGACGAAAGUCCCAUGUACCGAAAGGAAGUGCCAAUCUAUCCAGCCCAGGGGUAUUCGAGUUGGUUGACGAGGAGGUAACUUCACGCCGACCCUGGAAGAAAUACAAGCCCAAGACUCCGGAAAAAUAUGCCAGUCCACGCGGCGCCUCUGUGGAGAAGGAAAGUCUCUAUCUAGUCUCAAAUCAGACGACAUCAGAGAGAAGAAGCCGCGAGACAACUCCGUCGCGAGAUCCACCAAUGUUGGAACAAAUGGAAACCACAAAAUGUAAUACGGAAGAGCCAUUGCUGUUAGAGCCUGCAAUGAUUCGGAGAAAGGAUUGGACGCCUCCUACGGAGAAAUCAGCCGUUAUUCUUGAUUCUGACACGUCACCAUUACAAGACGAUCUACAUGCGACUGACGAGAAUGAUCCUAAUAAGUCGUUUGGUAACAUUGUUUCUGCUUACAUGUGUAUCAACGCUACUACUCAAGAAAUUGAAACACAUCAGGGUGAUGAAUCUAAUGCGCAGAAGAUCAAGACUACAUUUCCAGAAGCCGAGUCAACUCCUGGCCCUCCGAUUACCAGGAAGUCCGUCACCAGACCAAAGGCGAUGCGGAAAAAGGCCAGAACCAUUACCGCCAUCGCUACAGCCGCCUACAGACAACCAUCUGAAGCUGAGCCUACAAAUGGAAUACGAGAUGUAUCUCCUCUUACAAAACCUAAGCCGUUAGCUAAAACGACGAAAAACACCAAGCCUCGUAAAAGACCGUCAAAAACGAAGAAAAAGCAGGAACCGCCAAAGCCGGUGCUGUUCUCUCCUGAAACGGCACUAAGGCAAGUUGCCAAGCAGGACUUUGUAUUUGGAACCUCUAGCCAGUUAGCUACAGAACGGUCACCGACGUUUCUGAGAGACCUGCACCUUACGAUGAAGAACUCAAACCAGCUCGACUAUGUCGAUUUCACAACUCCAUUGAAUAGCGACGCUAUUGAGCCACCCGAAGGUCGGUCACGGCUUUGGAAUGCUGCAGCCAGAGAUGCAGACGGUGAUCUGUUCGACGUGGAAGUGGUCAAUCUCACUGAAGCCAGCCCGGAAUUUCCAAAGACGCCGGGUGCCGUAGACCCCUUUGGAUAUUUUAAGGGCGACGACGCACUAACUCCAUCUCAUGCUUCUGGGUCUACGAUAAGUAGCGAUAAGGGGAAAGAGUCAGUUGCCGAUUUGCCGGCUAUCCUAUCUACCGCAGGAUCGCGAGCGACAUAUACUGCAACGAAUAGUUCAAAUGCUCUCAGUGGCAUGGGGCCAAGCGUACAGCAGACGGGAAAGCUAUCAGUCACCCUAGAAGUCACAAGCUCGCCGGAACUUGCAAGCAAAGAGAAUACGGCACCAAGAACUGCAAAACAUCAUUCACAACCGACGUUCGAGCAUUUAACCGACGCGCAACUGUCAAAAGAGAUAUCUCGGUACGGCUUCAAGCCAGUAAAGCGCCGUUCGGCCAUGAUAGCUCUUUUAGACCAGUGCUGGCAGCAGACCGGCGAUGCCAGCCAGGGGAUCCGAAUGCUUUCCACGGCUGCUGCCAUUUCCCCGACGAAACGACCGCGCGGCCGACCAAGGAAAGAUUCGGUAGAAGUCAGCCGGACACAAGAGCCCCCUCCAUCUGCGCAAGCUCCUGAGACACCAAAAAAGCCUAGAGGAAGACCAAGGAAAGAUUCACAGACGACACCGGGCAAGCAAGCGGUGUCCAAACGCACUACCACGCCAACAAAAAAGCGAACAGCCGGUAGCAACGCCACUCCUAAGAAGGCGAAGGCCGUAAAGGUGGUUGAGAUACCGGAUUCGGAGUCUGAGCUAGCAGAUCCUUUGGAAUCAUCACCACAUUCAUCAUCCAGCUCAACACUUUUUUCCCCGCGUCGGGACGACCUGGCCAUGUCGGUUGACAAUGAUACAGAGCUCUCGCUUACAAUGACGCCUACAGAUGUACAAGGCUGUUUGUUUACGCAUAUCACCAAGGCUGUCACGACUGCACCACGUACUACCAACCCUGCUAAUCCAUCUUGGCACGAAAAGAUUCUACUAUAUGAUCCAAUCGUGCUGGAGGACUUGGCGUCUUGGCUCAACAGCGGACAGCUCAGUCGCGUUGGAUACGAUGAAGAAGUUAACCCUGUUGAGUUGAAGAAGUGGUGUGAGUCAAAAAGCAUUUGCUGCUUGUGGAAGGUGAAUUUGAGGGGGCGAGAGAGGAAGAGAUAUUGA